AUAAUGCCAAGACAUUCUUCCAGCUCAAGUAGAAGCCAUAGAAGUAAAUAGCUUUUAAAUUAAUUCUGCCUUAGAGAAGCAUAGUAAAAAGCACCGAAGACAUUCAAGUUCUUCUUCUUCGUCGUCAGAUUCCUCCUCUGAGCGUCAUCAUUCCAGGAGAAAGAGAACCCAUCACCACCGUCGUUCAAGGUCUCCUCGCCCACGUUCUUCGAGUCCUAUCAAGAAGGUGUUCUUGAAUGUAUUAAUCCCAAUUCUAUAUCAGAAGCCCAUUUAAUCCAUAUCAAGCGUAGAGUCAAUCAAAGAAUAUAGGGCCUAACACAAUAUCUUCAUUCGUUCACAACAUGUAACUGUCCCAGAUCCUAUCAUGAGAUUUGAGGACGUUUAAUGUUUCCCACAGAUGUUGAUGGACUUACUGUUGAAGGCCGGUUUCAAAGGACCCACUGCCAUUUAAGCCCAAGGAUGGUCGAUUGCGCUAACUGGACAUGACCUCAUUGGAAUAGCGCAGACGGGUUCUGGCAAAACUCUAGCCUUCCUUUUACCAGCGAUCGUCCACAUUUUGGCAUAAGCUAGAUCCCAUGAUCCCAAAUGUUUGAUAUUGGCUCCUACAAGAGAAUUGACAUUACAAAUAUAUGAACAAUUUUAAAAGUUCUCUGUGGGAUCUCAGCUAUAUGCAGCAUGCCUUUAUGGAGGACAAGAUCGCUAUAUAUAGAAGAGUCAAUUACGCAAAGGCCCUUAAAUUUUGAUUGCUUGCCCAGGUCGUUUGAUAGAUCUAUUGGAUUAGGGUUGUACCACCCUCAAAUAGGUUAGCUUCCUCGUCCUCGACGAAGCUGAUCGUAUGCUCGACAUGGGUUUCGAGCCCUAGAUUCGUAAGAUAGUAGAUCAGAUCCGUCCCCAAAGAUAAACUAUGCUUUUUUCUGCAACUUGGCCAAAGGAAGUGCAAAAGUUAGCGCUUGACUUUUGCAAACAAGAGCCAGUCCACAUUCAAAUAGGAAAUGUGGAAUUAACAUCUAAUAGAAUGAUCAAGCAAGUGGUCUACGUGAUGAAGGCAAUAGAUAAAAAUUAAAGGUAUAAUCAAACUAUUGAUGGUGCAAAAUAUUUAUACAAGAUCAUCAAUAUCUUUGUUAUUUCAUUUAUAUAUUAAGGUUGCUCUAUUUGUUGAAGGACAUAGCACAUAAAAAAAUAUUAAUCUUUUGUUCCACCAAGAAGGGAUGUGACUAACUUCAAAAGACUCUAGACAGAGAAGGAAUUCGAUGUCUCGCAUUACACGGAGAUAAGAAGCAAACUGUAAAUCCCCAUUCUAAAAUCAUAGGAGAGAGAUUACGUUAUGAGUCAUUUCAGAAAUGGAAGAUCGACUGCCCUUAUUGCAACUGAUGUGGCAUCAAGAGGAUUAGAUAUUAAAGACAUAGAAGUUGUUGUCAAUUAUGACAUGCCCAAAGUAAUUGAGGAUUAUGUCCACAGAAUCGGAAGAACCGGUAAUCUCUUAAUAUGUAUUCUCAGGUCGUGCUGGUGCUAUUGGUUAAUCAAUUUCUUUCUUUGCUUCUGAUGAAGAUGUCAGAAUGGCCAAGGAUCUAGUAGAAAUACUUAGGGAAUCCUAAAAUGAUAUUCCUUAUGAAUUAAGAAGUUUGAUAGAUCAAAACAACAAAGGAAAUAACUAUAAUCCUUAUAGAAGAUGGAAUACCUCAGGAUAGAGACACAUGCAAUAGCCUUUCAUGUAACAUCAGCAUUAAAAUUAAAAUCAACAUUAAAAUCAACAUUAACAUUAACAUCAGCAUCCAAAUCCAAAUCAACAUUAACCAUCUCAAUACCCAACCUAAUGGUAAUUUUAAGCAUUCAAUCCCCAAAUACUUUAGUCAAUAAAUCCAUUUCAAAUUUGA